UGAGCACAUUUGUGGUAUUCAUGAAUGCCCUCGCGAAGAAGCGCGGUUCUGCACGGGGAGAAGUGUAGCUAUCUAGUACACAACUUUAAGCGCGAUUGAUACCUUAUUUCGUGUUGUUUUCGGCAGUGUUUAUGUACUGUACUCAUAUGGUUUUCUAAUCGGCUGUGAUCUACUUGAAUACCGUCUUGCGAAAUCGCUUCUUAUUUCAACCUACCGCUAAAAUAAACUAGCUAACGUUAGCUUGCUAGCUACUAUGUCGGGAGGCGUCGUGCGAGGCCCUGCAGGAAAUAACGAUUGUCGAAUUUACGUCGGAAAUCUACCCCCUGAUAUUCGCACCAAAGAUGUCGAGGACGUGUUCUACAAAUACGGAGCUAUUCGAGACAUCGAUUUGAAAAAUCGGAGAGGAGGACCUCCCUUUGCCUUUAUCGAAUUUGAAGAUCCCAGGGAUGCAGACGAUGCCGUGUACGGACGAGACGGCUAUGACUACGACGGUUAUCGGCUGCGAGUUGAAUUCCCUCGGAGCGGCAGGGGUGGGGGGAGAGGCGGCUUUGGUGGUGGUGGUGGUGGGGGGGUUGGUGGCGCCCCUAGAGGCAGAUACGGGCCGCCAUCCAGACGCUCCGAGUACAGGGUCAUUGUCUCAGGGCUUCCCCAGAGUGGCAGCUGGCAGGACCUGAAGGAUCACAUGCGUGAGGCUGGGGAUGUAUGUUAUGCUGAUGUUUUCAGAGAUGGAACUGGGGUUGUGGAGUUUGUGCGUAAAGAAGACAUGACCUACGCCGUUCGAAAGCUGGAUAACACCAAAUUCCGAUCACACGAGGGAGAGACCGCUUACGUUCGCGUGAAAGUAGAUGGUCCCCGCAGCCCGAGCUAUGGAAGAUCCCGUUCCAGGAGCCGCAGUCGAAGCAGGAGCCGCAGCGCAGCCAGUCGCAGCCGCAGCAACUCUCGCGGUGGUGGUGCCCGUGGUGGCAGAGGAUCUCCUCGCUACUCUCCUCGCCAUAGCCGCUCUCGCUCCCGUUCCUAAACUCUGUGUUGCCCUUUUGGUGGAUCCCCUGUAAACAUUUCCCCCUCCACUUGUUUUUACCCCUUUUUGAGUUUUUCAGAUGUCAACUAUAGAUUAGAAUGUGUUGCAUUCCAUCUCCUGAUGUCCUAGUGGAAGGUCUUGGUAUGUAGGUGUAUCCCGUCCUGUCACCUUUCCUCCCUCCCCUGACCGACCCGACUUUUGUGUUUUUGUUUUGAUCCCCUUUCUCAAUUCAUUUUAAUUUACCUGUUGUCUUUCCUCCUCCAUUUUUGCAACAUUUGAAACCCUAUCGCUCUGAACUUCAAAAAUGUUGAUCUUUUAACGAGUUCAAUGUUUUUGUAAGUGUUGGAAAAUGUAUGUACUUUUUCAUGGGAUGGCGGGAGUCUCAUUGCUAAACUGUAUUUUACCCUUGUGUCUUCCUUUAGACAUCUGAAGAUAAGGAUUAAAGAGUGAUUUGGAAUAAAA